AUGGCAACCCGCGUGCAGUCGAUGGACGUUCUACCCGGCGAAGACGAGGUGAGAGCGGUAUCGAAUGUAGCAGAAGCAGUGCGGUUGCUACGGGUGCCGGCUACCAUAUGGGAAGCCUUUUUAGAACAAGUUGGGAAUCCUGGACAGGAACUUCGAGUUUUGGCAGCCUUGCCAGCUCACAUAGUGGUGCAGGCAAUUGGACAGGCACAGGCUGCAGGAGUUGGACUAUCAGCCACCGAAGCUGCACAUGUGGGGCUAGUUUGGCGGGUUGCUAGGAUGGCAGUUUACCUUAGAAAGGGUGGUGACAUCACGAACUUUGAGGACGUGGACCCCUGGGUGCCGAAGGAGACGCCUAAGCUCCCUGCACAAGCUCAUGGGCAUGGUGGGAAAGGAAAUGGUUUGAAAGAAAAGGUCCUCAAGAUGUCGAGUCUGGUGGACCAGACAGAUGAGAGUGAGUUGAUGCCACCAGACUUGCAGACAGUGCAUUCCUGGUCACAAAGGUACCUUCAAGUCAUGGGAGACUUGCCAAUGGAGGAAGAAGAACCGACGGACGCUCAAAUGGCGGCGCUGGACAAGAGGGUGAACCAGUUGGGCCAAGCACCAUACGUGGACAUGGGCGUCUGGCUACCCUUCGGUCGGAGAGCUCUUCGGAAUCAAAAGAUGAGGGCUUUCUUUCCGGCGAGCUGGAAAGUCUUCAAGGUGGCCGCAAUCUCCUUGGACAUCUGCUCGAUAGCAUCGCUGCUGUUGUACGAGAAGGCAAUCGAAAAGAUGACCAUACAGUGGCCUAAGAAUUGGGGGCUCAUAGCUCAUGCUGAUGAUAAAGCGCGUGCCGAACGUCUUGAAAGAGUACGGAGGCAGUUGGUCGUGGACUCCAAGAACGGCAAGAACGUUCCAACGGACUUCACUGAGGAAAAGCCAUGGUCGGUGGUUUUCAGGUUGGUGUCGCAAGACGAGACCUAUUGGAAUGACCAGGUGAGACAUCCAGCUACAGCAUGGUUGGCAUCGGGGUCGAGAGGCGCUCCCAUGGCAUCGUCAGAAGCCUUAGCUCUGGCCCACUUUCCAGGACUUUCUGAAGGGCAUGAGACGGAGGGCGGCAGCGGUGAGAAAGAUGAGAGACGCAGACAAGCUAACAGAGACAAAAGAGCAGCAAAGAAGAGACGUGCCCAAGCUGAACGUGAAGAACUAGCAAAGUGGAGAAGCACGCCGGCUUCGGGAAAAGGUUCUGGAGCAGGCGGCAAAGGCAAGAACAAGAUGCAGGGCAAGGACCAGACUGGAGAGGAGAUUUGUUUUUCUUGGGCCAAGAACAAUGGGCCUUGUGCUGGGCUAGCUCCCGGCGCAGAGUGCAGGUCGAAAGUGAAACGGGCACACAAGUGCCAAUUGUGUCUUUCACCAGGACACACCAAUGAACAGUGUCCCAAGAAAUGA